CGUACGAAUUUUUAAGGUACGAGUUAUCAAAAUAAAUGCUAGAAGCCAUGUGGCUGAAACAUUGUUUACCUGUGGAAUUUUUGGAAGUUUAAGGGAAAUUACAGUUCUUUUACCACAUGCCAUCUCACAUAUUCGUCCUUGUCAAUAAAGACAUCAGUUUAUUUGGACUUGGAAGUAUUCUAUGUAGAUGCUUGGUUGUCUGACUGUCUGCUAAUCACGAGACAGUACAGUAAAAGAACUUUCCCUCAACAUUUCAUCAGGACAGUUGAAUUAGUCACCAUGGCGGACAUGGAAGAGAACAUCCCUACACCCACACAGGACAUGGAUACAGGGACCGCAACAGAAACAGAGCAAAAAUCAGAAAAGCGACAGUGGAAACCAUCGGAAAAGGGGUUUGAAUAUUUUCAUGAAAAGAAAAAUGUGAAACUCAACAAAAUACAUAAACUUUGGACAGAAGUUGAUAUGCUACAAGCAUCAGAGUGGAAAAACUUAAAAAGUGUGAGCCUUUUGGAAUCAUGUGAAUAUGACUUAAGUGAAAGGUACAAGGUAUACAACAAACUUGUAUCAGAAUACAGUGAGCUUGUUUUUAGGAGUGAGGAAGAUGAAGUUAUGCGGGAGUAUGAAGAAUUUGCUCGAGAUAAUCAGGAAAGAAAAAGACUGGUAGAAAAGGCUUUCAAAGACAUUCAGGAAAGGAAACAGACACUAGUGGAAACAUCUUCAUCACAUGGAUCCAGAUUUUCUGUGAGAUCAGAAAUUUCAGUGAUUGCCAAGAAACAAGCAAAAGUAGAGGCGGCUAGGGCAAAGAUAAAAUUUUCAGAGCAAGAGAGAGAUCUUCUGGGGGAGAAGUUUAAAGUAGAAGAAGAAGAAGCACUGACAAAAAUAAAGACAGAAAGAAGGAAAGCUGAACUUAACUCGAGCCUAUCUCGUCUGGAACACGAAAAAGAAUUAGCUGCAGCAGAGGCGGAAGUAGAAGUGUUGAAGAUGGUCGGGAGUGAACUGGAGAGGAAUGAAAUAACUGAUACAUUGCUUCCCAAACAGCAAGAAAACUCAGAGAUAAGGACAAAUCGUUAUGUGAACGAACAUUCUCAGUUUACUGGACACACCAACCUGAAUCCAAGUGCAAGACCAUUCGACCCACAUUCCAUGCAAGAUCCUAGCUGUCUAUCCUUUACCUCAGCCCAGAUAUUAUACCCGUCGAGAACAGUCACCAGAACGACCUGCACCUGUUAA